AGGUGAUUUUCGGGCAGCCGAAGGAAGGCCAGUCUGGAGAUAAGACCAGACCAGAAGCAGAAGCCCCAGCUCUAUAUGAAGACAAACAGCAUGGUCAGAAAAUAAGCUUGGUAAAGCACAGCGUGAAAGUACAGUUAGUUAUUUGUUGAGGAGAGAAACCACACAUGAUUUUGUUGUAAAUGAACAUACCAUGCACUGACUGAGAAGAAUUGAGUUAUAAAUAUGGCAAAUUCUGAAAGAGCUGAAGAGAUGCAUGAAAAUUAUCAGAGAAAUGGAAAACCACAAGAACUGCCCAAAGUAAGAAAACAAGUUGUUGGACCUAUUGAGAUAUUCCGCUUUGCUGAUGGACUGGACAUCACACUCAUGAUCUUGGGAUUACUGGCAUCACUGGUGAAUGGAGCCUGUCUUCCUCUAAUGUCGCUGAUUUUAGGAGAAAUGAGUGAUGACCUUAUUAGUGGGUGUCUAAGCAAAACCAAUACAACAAAUUACCAGAAUUGUACUCAGUCUCAAGAGAAGCUGAAUGAAGAUAUGAUUAAGUUGACUCUGUAUUAUACUGGAAUAGGAGUUACUGCCUUGGUUUUUGGCUACAUGCAGAUUUCCUUUUGGGUUAUGACAGCAGCACGACAGACCAAAAGAAUUCGAAAACAAUUUUUCCAUUCAGUUUUGGCACAGGACAUCAAAUGGUUUGAUGGUUGUGACAUUGGUGAAUUUAACACUCGCAUGACUAAUGACAUCAACAAAAUCAGCGAUGGUAUUGGAGAGAAGAUUGCUCUGUUGUUUCAAAACAUAUCUACUUUUUCAAUUGGCCUGGCAGUUGGUUUGGUCAAGGGCUGGAAACUCACCCUGGUGAUUCUCUCCACAUCACCACUUAUAAUUGCUUCAGCAGCCAUAUUUUCUCGGAUAAUCAUUUCAUUGACCACUAAGGAAUUAAAUGCCUAUUCCAAAGCUGGGGCUGUGGCAGAAGAAGUCUUGUCAUCAAUCCGAACAGUUGUAGCCUUUGGGGCCCAGGAAAAAGAAAUUGAAAGGUAUACACAGAAUCUAAAAUGUGCAAAGGAUAUUGGCAUAAGAAAAGCUAUAGCUUCAAAACUCUCUCUUGGUGCCGUGUACUUUUUUAUGAAUGGAACCUAUGGACUUGGUUUUUGGUAUGGAACCUCUUUGAUUCUUAGUGGAGAAUCUGAUUAUACCAUCGGAACUGUUCUUGCUGUUUUUUUUAGCGUAAUCCAUAGUAGUUACUGCAUUGGAACAGCAGCCCCUAAUUUUGAAACCUUCACUAUAGCCAGAGGAGCUGCCUUUCAUAUUUUCCAGGUUAUUGAUAAGAAACCUGCAAUAGAUAACUUCUCAACAACAGGAUAUAAACCAGAAUGCAUAGAAGGAACUGUGGAAUUUAACAAUGUCUCUUUCAGUUAUCCGUCAAGACCAUCUGUCAAGAUUCUGAAAGAUCUGAAUCUCAAAAUCAAGUCUGGAGAGACUGUGGCCUUGGUUGGCCCCAGCGGCAGUGGGAAGAGUACUACAGUCCAGCUUCUACAAAGGUUAUAUGAUCCUGACAAUGGCUUUAUCACAGUGGAUGGGAAUGAUAUCAGAACUUUGAAUGUACACCAUUACCGAGAACAUAUUGGAGUUGUCAGCCAAGAGCCUGUUUUGUUUGAAACCACCAUUAAUAACAAUAUUAAAUAUGGACGAAAUGGAGUGACUGAUGAAGAGGUUGAGAAAGCAGCAAAAGAAGCAAAUGCUUAUGAUUUUAUAAUGGCAUUUCCCAAUAAAUUUAAUACCUUGGUAGGAGAAAAAGGAGCACAAAUGAGUGGAGGACAGAAACAGAGAAUCGCUAUUGCUCGAGCUUUAGUUCGAAACCCAAAGAUCCUCAUUUUAGAUGAGGCUACAUCUGCCCUAGAUGCAGAAAGUGAAUCAGUUUUUCAAGCUGCACUGGAGAAGGCAAGCAAACGUCGGACUACAAUUGUCAUAGCACACCGACUUUCCACUAUUCGAAAUGCAGAUCUCAUUGUGACUCUGAAAGAUGGGAUGGUGGUGGAAAAAGGAACACAUGCUGAACUAAUAGCAAACCAAGGUCUAUAUUAUUCACUUGCAAUGUCACAGGAUAUUAAAAAAGCUGAUGAACAGAUGGAAUCAAUGUCUACUGAAAUAAGUAUCAACUCCGUUCCUCUGUGCUCUGUGAAGAGCAGCAAGUCAGACCUUCCUAACAGGUCUGAGGAAUCCAUCCAGUAUAAAGAGACGAGUCUUCCUGAAGUUUCUCUAUUCAGAAUUUUUAAAUUAAUCAAGUCUGAAUGGCUUUCUGUGGUUCUGGGGACCUUGGCUGCUGUUCUAAAUGGAGCUGUUCAUCCAGUAUUUUCCAUCAUCUUUGCAAAAAUUGUAACUAUAUUUGAAAAUGAUGAUAAAACCUCAUUAAAACAUGAUGCUGAGAUGUAUUCCAUGAUAUUUGUGAUUUUGGGUGUUAUUUGCUUUGUCGGUUAUUUCAUUCAGGGGUUAUUUUAUGGCAGAGCAGGGGAAAUUUUAACCAUGAGAUUAAGACAUUUGGCAUUUAAAGCCAUGUUAUAUCAGGAUAUUUCCUGGUUUGAUGAUAAGGAAAACAGCACAGGAGCCUUGACAACAGUAUUAGCCAUAGAUAUAGCACAAAUCCAAGGAGCAACAGGUUCAAGAAUUGGUGUCUUAACACAAAAUGCAACUAACAUGGGACUGUCAGUUAUCAUUUCCUUCAUGUAUGGAUGGGAGAUGACCCUCUUGAUUUUGAGUAUUGCUCCAGUACUUGCUCUGACAGGAAUGAUUGAAACCACAGCUAUGACUGGAUUUGCCAAAAAGGAUAAGCAAGAACUUAAGCAUGCUGGGAAGAUAGCAACUGAAGCCGUGGAAAAUAUUCGGACUAUAGUGUCAUUAACAAGAGAAAAAGCCUUUGAGCAAGCAUAUGAGAAGACGCUUCAGAUCCAACACAGAAAUACCUUGAAGAAAGCACAGAUCUUUGGAAUCUGUUAUGCAUUCAGCCAUGCUUUUGUAUAUUUCACAUAUGCAGUGGGUUUUCGAUUUGGAGGCUAUUUAAUUCAAGCUGGACGAGUGACCCCAGAGGGCAUGUUCGUAAUUUUUACUGCAAUUGCAUAUGGAGCUAUGGCCAUUGGAGAAACACUUGUUUUGGCACCUGAAUAUUCGAGAGCCAAAUCUGGGGCUGCACAUCUGUUUGCUUUGCUGGAAAAGAAACCAACUAUAGACAGCUAUAGUCAAGAAGGGAAAAAACCAGAUAUAUGUGAAGGAAAUAUAGAGUUUCGAGAAGUCUCUUUUUUCUAUCCAUGUCGCCAGGAUGUUCUCAUCCUUUGUGACUUAUCCCUCAAUAUUGAGAAAGGGAAGACAGUAGCAUUUGUUGGGAGCAGUGGCUGUGGAAAAAGCACUUCUAUCCAGCUUCUGCAGAGAUUUUAUGACCCUGUGAAAGGACAUGUGCUAUUUGAUGGUGUUGAUGUGAAGGAAUUGAAUGUACAAUGGCUCCGUUCCCAAAUAGCAAUUGUUUCUCAAGAGCCUGUACUCUUCAACUGUAGCAUUGCCGACAACAUUGCCUAUGGUGAUAACAGCCGUUUUGUGCCAUUAGAAGAAAUAAAAGAAGUAGCAAAGGCAGCAAAUAUUCAUUCUUUUAUUGAAGGUCUCCCUGAGAAAUACAACACACAAGUUGGACUGAAAGGAACACUGCUUUCUGGAGGCCAGAAACAAAGACUAGCUAUUGCAAGGGCUCUUCUCCGGAAACCAAAAAUUUUACUGUUGGAUGAGGCCACUUCAGCCCUUGAUAAUGAGAGUGAAAAGGUGGUUCAGUAUGCCCUCAAUAAUGCCAGAAAGGGAAGGACUUGCCUAGUGGUUGCUCACAGACUCUCCACAAUACAGAAUGCUGAUCUGAUAGUAGUCCUGCAGAAUGGGAAAAUAAAGGAAAAGGGAACUCAUCAAGAACUCCUGAGAAAUCAAGAUAUGUAUUUUAAAUUAGUAAAUGCACAGUCAGUGCAGUGAUACUGUUGGAGUUAGCACAUAUUUUGAUCUUUGUGUAACGCAAAGAAAUACUUAGUAAUUAUUUGGCAUGCUUUGAUCUCUUUUAUUACAUGUAUCAAUACCUGGAAUCAUGCUAUUCAAGUACAGACAUGUUCUGUGUACACAACUUCUUCUCUUCAGAUUUUUUUAAAAGAAACAAAAUUUGCUGAACUCAUGUGAGAUAAUGCCUGCAUCCCUCCUUUGUAAAAAUGU